CGGAAGUCUCUGACACACUGCCCUCCUGCAGACGGAGUCAGUGCUGCAGGAAGCUGCCGAGAGAGGAGAGCGAUGGACGGGUAGAGGAGGGGACAGGCAGCAGACUGGUACCAUGAGUGGAGGUCUUGCACCUAGCAAGAGUACUGUGUAUGUGUCUAAUCUGCCAUUCUCACUGACCAACAAUGACCUCCACCGGAUUUUUUCAAAGUAUGGAAAAGUAGUCAAAGUCACUAUUGUAAAGGACAAGGACUCCCGAAGGAGUAAAGGAGUUGCGUUUGUUCUAUUUCUAGAUAAGGAACCAGCACAGAACUGUGUCCGGGCACUGAACAACAAACAACUCUUUGGCAGACUGAUAAAAGCUAGCAUUGCCAUUGACAAUGGUAGAGCAGCUGAAUUUAUACGGAGGAAGAAUUACACUGACAAGUCCAGAUGCUAUGAAUGUGGGGACACUGGUCACUUGAGUUAUGCUUGUCCAAAAAAUAUGCUGGGGGAUCGUGAACCUCCACAAAAGAAAGAGAAGAAAAGAAAGAGAAAUGCUGAAAUUGAAGAAGUUGUCGAAGAUGAACAGAGUGAAGAAGAAGAAGGUGAAGAUCCGGCUCUUGACAGUCUCAGUCAGGCCAUAGCAUUCCAGCAAGCAAGAAUUGAAGAAGAAAAGAACAAAUUCAGACAAGCAGUAGGAGAAACCUCUUCAUCGGUUGACUCAAGGCGACCUAGAAUAAAGAAGAGCACAUAUUUCAGUGAUGAAGAAGAACUUAGUGAUUGAGUGUAUACAGCAUUUUUGUGUUACACACAAGAGGUCUUACAGGUGUCACGUUACACAGGCCCUUUAAAUUUCCAUCCUCCAAAGUGGCCAGAAGAUUUUGUCCUGAGAGUUUCUUCAUAUCCCUUAUUUUAACCUGUAGUUUAUUUAUGAAAAUGUUGUUGUAUAAGAACUUUUUGAGCUUGGCUAGAUGAGUACUUUCCCUACUGGUGAUGUACACAUAGAUAAACUGUUCACUUGUGGGAAAGUGGUCAAUCCAAUAACUUCUCCAGUCAUGUCUAGAGUGUAGACUGUGUACCAUAAGUAUCACCCAUGUGGCAGAGCCAGAAGGAUGCUCAACUUUUAUAUACUGUAUGUUUGUACAUAUGUGCCUUCCGCUGUUCUUGCUUAAAGACUAUGUACAUCUUUUGAAGGCAUUUUUUAAAAUUAUUGCAUUU